AUGGAGCUACUCUACACUUUGUGCGCCAGCCGCGUCGGCACGAGGGCCGACUACAUCUUUUCAGUGUAACCCCUCAGAAAGUCAAAAUGACUAAAGGUACUUCCAGUUUUGGAAAGCGCCGCAAUAAGACACACACCCUCUGCAGACGGUGUGGUCGCAGCUCUUACCACAUUCAGAAAUCGCAAUGUGCCCAAUGCGGGUACCCAAGCAAGAAGAUGCGUUCCUACAACUGGAGCAUCAAGGCUAAGAGGAGGAAGACCACUGGAACUGGUCGCAUGCGUCAUCUUAAGAUUGUUCGCAGGAAGUUCAAGAAUGGUUUCAGGGAAGGUCUGCCCAAGCCCAAGGCUGUAGCUAAUAAAUCAUAAUUUAUUUUGUAAAUAAUUAAAGUUAUUUGGAAGAAGCAUACAAUAAACCUGAUUUACAAAAUAA